AUGGAUCGAAAGAUCAAGCAAGAAGAAAGGAGGAAGGACAAGCUAGGCGGGUUGGGGAGCUUGGAUCUACUUCCAUUUGAUCAGAGGAAGCUGUUGGAGGCGAAGGCUAGAUCAGUAUUUCCGAGUUCGAGGUUUACCGAGUUAUCCGAGGUACCAGUGAGGAUCGCGGGAAGGCGCCGACAUGAUCAGUACACACUUGUGGAGUUUUUAUGUAUUGUGAUCUUGGGAUGAAUUUUUAUGGAUUUGAUAUGUGAU